AUGAUUCUCGCCCCUCGACCCGGCCAUUCUAUCAUAGACGGUAUUCCUAACAGGGAUGACCGGUGGAGGGAGAAGUUUUUCGUUUUCAAGAUUAACCCGGCGUCGGUCGGCGACUUCGAUUUCGGAAGGAUCCCUAGGGAGUGGUCCGAAGAGAUUGAGCCCUUUGGUCCUGCACCUAUGUCUCCCGAGCUUCGUGGAUUAAUCGCCACUCUGCGGCGAGGUAGUCCUCGAUGGCUCACUUUUACUGUGGAUCGAAUUCGAACUGCUUACGCUCUUCCACCAGGUGAAAACCGUGUUAUCCCUAUUGGUCUGGCAGCUCCUAUUCGACCGGGGAAGGGUCGUUGUAACAAAAGGGCGAGGGAGAAGGAGGCGUUACAUGAUCGUCCUUACGAGUCCUCUGAAGUCGGGUCGUUUGAACGAGCUCAGAAAUCUCGGCGCGGACCGACUCUUAUAUCGAGAUUGCAGGCUCAGUCUUCUGGUCUUAUGGCUAGGCCGGUGUCGAUCGCAUCUACUGUUGGUGGGACCCGAAGGGCGCCGAACACUUCAGCCGGUUCUGUCGGUGAUAGAGCUCUUGAUGACGACGUCGAUUCAUCGACUCACCGACAUCGACGUCGAUUCAUCGACUCACCAACAUCGACGUCGAGCUCUAGAGGAAAUCAAUUAUGUACUUCUCAGGUUGACCCGAGCGCUCAUCUUCCGGACGUGCAGGAGACCUCUUUGUGGAGAUUUUCGUACGAUAACGAGGUACCGAUCCUCGAGAAUCACGAGCGUCUCGGUUUGAUCUGGCGUAAGCUCAGAGAGAAGGGAUGUGAGCUUCCUUCUUUGGGGGACAUGCGAGAACGUGAUGCUUAUGUUUGGAUGGCGGUCGCGAACGCUAAGGCUAUGGAGGCGAGCAAUGAAUAUGCCGCUUUGAUGGAGAGGCGGUUGGCUGAUUUUCUGAGAAAAGAGGAGGUUGGGAGUCAUCUUCUCAUGAUUCAGCAACUUCGAGACGCGGUUUUGGCCGUGGUGAACGAUAAACUUCGGAAAAAAAAGAAGGAGACGGCUGCGGAGAUUCGUUUGCAGGAGGUGCAAGCUCGUAUUGAGGCUUUGACCGUGUACAGCGAAGGUGGUUUCGAGCUCGAAGAGGAGUUGGAGCGUCUUAGAGACCAGGAGAUCUCACUCGAUGUGGAUAAUGGUCUUGCUUCGGUGUCAGAUCUUUCCCUUAGUCACCUCAAACUUACUGAGGUUUCUGGUGAUUCGGUCGAUCAAGAUUGA